AUGUACCAUUGUUUACCCGAUUUUACAACGUUAAAUCGAUUUAUGUCGCGGCAUCCAAAGGGACCCACCCAUCCAAAGAUUGAUCGAGAUAAUAUUACUUCGAACAAUCAAAUAACAGAAAUAUUAGGACGAUCAUCAAAAGAUGUUGGUGUAUCUGCGUUCAGUAAAUAUCACUUUGAAUUAUUGGAAAUAAUUCGAGAAAAAUUAAAUUUUACUGUCAAUUAUCGAAACGCUCGAGGAUGGGCGGGCAAAGUUGAAAAUUCAACAUACCGCUUGGGUUAUAUAGGCAUUAUGCAACGCAACGAAGCGGACAUUGGAGCAUCUGCUUCCUAUAAUCGUAUAAAUCGUUUUGCAGAUUUCGAUAUAAUUCAACAAAGCUGGAAAUUUGAAAGCUCUUUCUUGUUUCUAUUUACACCAAAUUUGAAUGCGCAUAAUAAAAGAGGCAACUUUCUGGCUCCAUUCGAACCACCUGUAUGGACAGUUACACUGGUGACAUUGAUAACACUAAUCAUUAUUUGGGUUUUUAUUGAACACAUCGCCCGCUAUUUAAGCAAUACUUCAAUCUCUAAUGGAAACCCCAAUGGUUAUAUGUACGGAGUCCCAUUAAAUGUUGUUGCUGCCAUUUGUCAACAAGGCCUGGAUCCAAUACCAAGAGAAAUUUCAUCUCGAAUUAUUACCAUAACAACGUUCAUAUUUUCACUAGUUAUGUAUAACUAUUAUACAUCAUCAGUAGUGGGUGGUCUCUUAAGUAACACAGCACAAGGUCCAACAACUGUAGAAGAAAUCACUUCAAGUGACCUUCGUCUCUCGUUUGAAGACAUCGGUUAUUAUAAAAUACAUUUUCGAGUAAGUAGAGAACCAACUUUGGCUAAAUUAUAUAAGGAUAGUGAACCUGCUAGACUAAACAAUGAAAAUCGUUUUUCUAUUCUGGAAUUGUCGGAUAAGGUGGGUGAGCCAACCUUCAAUGUUAAUACAUGUAGUGGCAUUUCAGCUGGUUGCAAUGAAUUGAAAAAUUUAGUAUGUAAAUUUCUUAUUCAUGCACCUAAUAUGCAAGAGUAA